AUGGCCAAGGGCAAGGUAGCGAAGGUGCAGGAGGCCAUCCGAGGGAGGAACACCCUGCUGUUGCAGAAGGCGAUGAUGGCUAAGGAAAUGGAAAAGCUGAGGCAGUCGAAGGCUGAUGAGAUAGCUGUUGCCCAAGUUGAAGUGGUCGAGUCGUUUCGAAGUUCAGAGGAGCUGCACAGCUAUAUCAUGGACCGAUUGGUGGAUGAGCAGCUUCUUGAGAUCAACUUCGAUACGAGGGGCGAGCCUCCUUUACCUGGUCUUAUUACUAACGCCACUGCCGUUGCACCAGAGUCAGAGCUGGCCACCGCCGAUGCCCCUUCCACCGAGUCUUGA